AUGGAGCUCGCUUAUAAGGCAUGUGGUGAAGACUUAGCAGCUGUCAGCGAGUGGGGGGAAGACAUGUGUGGUGCACCUGCAGUGUCUGUGAACACUGAGCGUCCUCCCAAGCAUCAGUUUUGUAAUUCUGCUGAGAUAGGCGCCCAAAAUUCCGCCUUAGAGAACAAACAGUCUCACGUCCGCCCCAUGUCUGCCUCGUAUUCUGCCCCAGGCUUUGUUAGGAGCUACUCCAUAGCAGAUCCAUCCAACGAAGCAUUUACGGUCUCUCACGAGCUGGACUUUGAUGACUGGAUGACGACAAUUAUAGGAACACUGCAGCUCGUAGUUUCAUCUGCUGUCAUUUUCUUGGGCAUAUACUUAUUGGUGACCUGCCCUGAGAUGGCGGAGGAAGCCCCACUUUUGUUCUAUUUUGUAGCUUUCUCUCUGUCUGCCGAGCUUGCACUGCUGAUGUUGAUUUGUCUGUUAAUGAUGGCGUUGCGGCUGUUAUGCGGACCAGCAAGGUCUGCGUACAGCUCUGCUAUCUGCGGCAUCUUUCACCGUACCAUGGAAGGCAUGAUCUACUUCUUAUGUGUUGGAUUUGGGGGCACCCUGCUAGUACUCUUGGCUACGGGCGAUCCUACGGACCCAAGGGUGCGCUAUCUGGGGAAGAGGCAGGAGUUUGUUUGGGCCUUUGUUACCAUGGAAGUAGCUCUUUGUCUCCUCUACUGCCUUCAGACUAUCCCCACUCUUUAUGGUGUAUGCAAGUUUGCCUCUCAUAAGAUCUUCUUGAAGGUCACAGGAAGGGAUGAGCUAGAGUUCCAAAGGGGGGAUGUGCCCGUGGCUUAUGCCCGCCUUUCAGAUUAUGAUUACUCCCUACAACACAUGAACAAUCCUGCUGCUGUUACUCCGCCUGAGGUGUUUAUUCAACCCAAUGGCCGCUGGAGGGAUGCGCAAUUCCGUGAGGAAGCUCACACGCAGCGCACAGAUGCAGAACGCGCACUUCUAGGCAGUGAUGUCUGA